AUGGCAAGCCGAUCAGAGCGAAUAAUUGCCUGGUUGAAGGUGACCAACAACCAGAAGAACCUGGCGCGAUUCGUCGGAGGGAUGUCUUUCUGCGGGCUUACGUUGUUGUCCAUGAAACGGGUCACGCCUGGCCACGUUGGUCUCAUCGAGGAUUGGCAAGGAACUCUGCGACCGUACAUUUACGAUGACAGCCAGCUCGUUCUCGCCAUCCCGUUUUGGCACCGCCUCAUCAACAUGCGGCUCAUUCCAGUUAAGAAGCGCUAUAUCAAGGAGUUCAAGACCAAGGAUGGACGCGACGUGGAGGUUCGACUGGUAUGCCGGCUGCAACCGAAGGUUCACUGGGUACCGGAGAUCUACUACAAGUUCGGCAAAGACUAUGGCAGAGGCUUCCUGGAGAAGGAGGCGAGCGUGGACAUUUCGGAGGUGGUGAAGCAGCGAACGUUUGCGGAGUUGGUUAAGGGCUCGGAGGAUGACGUAGAGGCCAUUGUUGAGGAGAUCAACCAGAGGAUUUCCGAUGCCUGCAACUUCCAUAAGAUCAAGAUUGCGAAAGAUGAGACAUCCAUCGUCUUCCUGGACCCUGAGGAGGAUGACGAGUAG